AUGACAUGUGCCAUUUGUGACUGGAAAGAUCCAUUACUCAUAAUUAAAGUAACAAAUGAGCUACCUGAAGUGCUUGUAAAAGUCGAACAUGAUAGGCUUGAUUUUAUGAUGGCUUCUUCAACUAGACGUUCUGCUCGCCAACCAGCUACAAAGGCUGUAAAAUUUGUCGAUCCGGCACUUGAUGGGGAAGAUGAGGAAGCGAUGGAUUUUGAGGAAGAACCAACAUCAAAUGAAAGUACAUUCAGUAUUAAACAAGAGCGUUUUAGUCAACAACAACAAAAAGCAGUUCGUGGGAAUCAGGGAGCAAGUGCAAGUGGACAUAAUGAUUCGACUAUAGAUGAUGAAUGGACCCAAGUACAAACAGAAGAAGGAGAUGCAGAUGAUGGUCAAGAAAUUGAUGAUUAUGCGGUGGCUUCAACAUCAACAUCGUUUAAUAACACAACAACAAAUCAAAGUCAAAUAGCUGACUCCUCAGUUUAUGAUUUUAGCGAAGUAUCAGUAAAGAAAAAAAAUAACGUUAAUUCUGCUUGGAGAGAUGUUAAACCACAACCGAAAGCAAAUCGUGAUACAAAACAUAUGUGUCCGUAUUGUAAUUACUGUACGGGCACUGAAUGUGGUUAUGCAACAGUUGAAUUAAGCAAAUUGCGUCGUCAUAUUCGAACACAUACUGGAGAAAAACCUUACACUUGUCAAUAUUGUUCUUAUGCAAGUCCAGAUACAUUCAAACUCAAACGACAUUUACGUGUACAUACCGGGGAACGACCGUAUGAGUGUACAAUAUGCAAAUUCCGCUUUACUCAAAGUAAUAGUUUGAAAGCACAUAUGUUGACUCAUCAAACCAAUGCUCCGAAAUUUCAAUGUCAAUAUUGUCCGACGAUUUUGACGAGAAAAUCAGAUUUAAAACAUCAUAUUGUUAAAAAGCAUCAAAAUGAACAUUUAUUAUAUUGCCAGCAAUGUGAACUUGAUUUCCCAAAUGAACAUUCAUUGCGUAAACAUGAACAAACUCAACAUGGUGGUCAGUCAUCAGGUUCCAUAUACGCGUGUUCCAUGUGUGCAUUUUCAGCACCGACACAAAAUGGUCUAGAAGAACAUAUGAAUAACACACAUCGAGAUGAACGUUCAUUUCAAUGUAAUGAAUGUGGUUUGAUGUAUGCUACACGUGGUGAUUUACGUCAACACACAACAAAAGUACAUCGUUGUGGUACGUAUGCCAAUGUUGCCGGUGCUGGCCUGUCACUUCGUCCGCCGACUAACUAUAUUCCAGCAAAAGUUGAACAUCGUCCAAUAACCACACCGCGUUUACGUCAGACAACAAAGGAUCAACAACAUCAAAUUUAUCGUUGUACACUGUGUUCCAAAACAUUUGCGACGUUACGUACAUUAGAGCAUCAUACAUUCGAUGUACAUAAUAUUGAUCCGUAUGAUAAUGAUUUACAAGAUAAUGAACAAAUAGCUAUGAUACAAAUUCGAGGACAACAACAUGGGCAAAAUCAUGAUCAUAAACAACCGCCGGUUAUUGUCAAACUUGAAAGAGGUGCGCUAUUUCUAUUUCUCAAGUUGAUUAGUUGUUUAUUACUGUUCUGUUUAGAUAAUUAUAAUUCAUAUGAAUUAGCUGACGAUCAUAUUGAGUCAUCACAUCAUCGUCACGAUCAAUCUGAUUAUUAUGAUAACGAUUCAUCUCCGGUGGCUGGUGCCGGUGCAUCAGCUUCGCACGCUAGUCUUCAAGCUAAAUCAGAAAUGUUUGAUCAUGAUUCAUCUUCCUAUUAUAAUAAUGAGCAAUAUGAAGAGUAUGAAACGAAAGAAGAAGAGAUAGAUAUUGCUGAACCGAUCGGAAUUGAUUCAAUUCAAGAUGAUGAAGCAAAUAUUGAAGCUGAUGAUGGUGAAACAAUUAAAUAUCGUUCAUCGGGCUAUAGCCAACAACGAAUGAUCAAUGCAUAG